AUGGACUUGGCUUCUGUGCAAGACCUUAAGGGCGUUCUUCGGUCCGACUUCUACCACGGAUACGCCACAGCAGCUGCCCAGAUAGAAGGCGCCUGGAAUAAGGAUGGGAAAGGCCUGUCGAUCUGGGAUACCUUUGGGCAUACGCCAGGUCGAAUCUCCGAUGGAAGUACCGCGGACGAUGCGACGAGAGCGUAUGACUUCUACCGCGAAGAUGUCGCAUUGAUGAAGUCGUAUGGUGUCAAUGCUUACCGAUUCUCGCUGGCCUGGUCACGGAUUAUCCCACUGGGCGGCCACGAUGACCCUGUCAACGAACAAGGGAUCCAGUUCUACAAUAACCUGAUCAAUGAGCUUCUACAGAAUGGAAUUACACCCUUCAUUACCCUGUUCCAUUGGGAUACCCCGCAAGCAUUAGAAGAUCGGUACGGUGGGAUGUUGAACCAGGCCGCUUACACGACGGAUUUUGUACGAUACGCACGGGUGUGUUUCGAGCGAUUCGGGGACCGUGUCAAGCAUUGGAUUACCUACAAUGAGCCAGGUGUUUAUACGCUGGCCGGGUAUGCGGCUGGAGUUCACGCCCCAGGUCGGUCGUCUUUUCGAGACCGCAACGCCGUGGGCGACUCCUCUACAGAACCUUUUAUCGUCGCGCACACUGAAAUUGUUUCUCAUGGGCAUGUCGCCCGCAUGUAUCGUGAAGAGUUCCAGCCACAGCAAAAGGGGACAAUUGGGAUUACAUUGCACGGCAAUUGGUCUGAACCCUGGGAUGAGGAGGACCCAAGAGAUCAAGAAGCUGCGGAACGGGCGCGCGAGUUUGAGAUCGCCUGGUUUGCGGACCCGAUAUACAAAACGGGUGACUAUCCUGCUUCUAUGCGUGCACAACUGGGUGAUAGACUGCCGAAGUUCACGGCCGAGGAGUCGAAGCUUGUACUUGGAAGCUCUGAGUUCUACGGGAUGAACACUUACACGACAUUCUUCAUGAAGCACAAGGAUACGCCGCCAGAUAUCAAUGAUCACAAGGGUAACGUGGAGAUUCAUGACGAAAACAAGCAAGGAGUACCCCGUGGAGAAGAGAGCGAUACGGAGUGGCUGCGAGCUGCACCCUGGGGAUUCCGAAAGCUGCUAAACUGGAUCUGGAAGCGAUACCAGACGCCAAUCUAUAUGACUGAAAACGGGACUACGGCUAAGGGAGAAACUGCUCCGACGCCAGAGGUUCUCAACGACCAGUUCCGUAUCAAAUUCUUCGAAGGUUAUGUGGGCAAUGCGUUGGCGCGAGCCGUGAAAGAAGACGGCAUUGAUAUCCGGUCUUACUUCGCUUGGACCUUUGCUGAUAAUUGGGAAUGGGCGGCCGGGUAUAAGGAUCGUUUUGGCUGCACGUUUAUUGACUUCGAGUCGGAAAACAAAACUCGACAUCCCAAGCAGUCGGCCUAUUAUCUCGACAAGCUGUUUAAGCACCUCAUUCAAGACUCAUACCCCCGCGAGAUCGGCCUCGAACAUGGCCGCGCACUUCGGGAGCAGAUCCGCAGCCAGAUUGCCAUUUACGAUGAGAUGUUCCAGAACACCUCCAAGCUCUCAUGGCCGGAAGUCCGCGAAGUGUCCAAAGAAUUCCAGCCGGCACUCGCAAAACUAACUCCGCAUCUUCUGGCCGAAAUGGAGGGCAUAGCCGAGGGUGCGGAGCUGGACAUUUUGGACGUGGUAGCCCUGAACUGCCGCAGCGAGAUAGCGCUAGGCAAGUUUUCGGACGGAUGCACAACUUUGUCCUGGAAGAAGGGUGAGAAUGCUCGGGUGUUGUCUCAGAACUGGGACUGGACGGCGCGGGUGAGGACGAACUUGGCCAUGGUCUCGAUUGAGCAGGUAGGGAAGCCGACUAUAUACAUGGUGACUGAGGCCGGAAUCGUGGGGAAGAUUGGCUUCAACUCCGCCGGCGUAGGGACGUGCCUGAAUGCAAUCCGCGCCAAACCAAUGAUCAGUGAUAAAAUUCCGAUCCACGUCGCCCUUCGCUUGUGCCUGGAGAGUAUCUCAGUUAAAAGCGCUAUCAGGACACUCGAAUCUCUGGGCGGCGUUGCAUCUGCACAGCAUAUUCUCGUGGCAGACAGCACAACAGCAGUAGGACUUGAGUUAUCCCCUGUGGGCGACAGUCAUAUCGCAGAGGACGCGUCGGGACUGGUCGGACACACCAACCACUUUAUCAAGAAUCGAUAUGUGAACGAGCCACCAUGGCUGUCGGGAUCCCCCAUCCGUCUUGAACGUCUGGGGAAGUUGACAGAUGAGCUGCUCCAGAAGGGGGUGAAGGGAGAUGCCAUCACGCCUGCUCUGCUGCGAGAACGGAUCUUCUCCGAUACGUAUAAUGCGCCUCAGGCAAUCUGUUGCCAGGAGGAUCCCAGUCGCCAUGUCUCUUCUCGAAGCAGCACGCUGUUUAACAUUGUGAUGAACCUUGACCCGAAGAAUCUUGGGGCAGAAGUGAUAUUUGGACGUCCAGGGUCGGAGGAGCAAGGAGCUGUGUUGAGGAUGCCCUGGUAG